GUCUACUAUGGAAAUAAAUAGUUUUGACACUUACUGCAACAAUCAAUCUAAAAUUUUACUUGUCAGUAACACAAAUUUAAUUUAUAAAGUGAAUUAAAAUUAAUAAAAAUGUGGUCAAGUGUACGAUCAGCCCCGUUGCACGUACGAAGAACUUAUUUACAAUCUAAAGAAUUCUUAUAUACUACAAAAUAUAUAUCUCAGUCCGCAUCUCAGGAACCAACUGUAGCAUCUGCUGGAGAGGUAAAAAACGUCACUGCUGUAAAUGAAAAUAUUAAAGCUAGUCCCUAUUUGUCUGCAAGUUCAGUGAUGAAGACUGAAACGAUACCGUUCGAUGAAAUUCCAGGGCCCGUUAGCCUACGGCUCAUAUCAAAAUUUUGGGGAAUGAUUCCAAUAAUGGGUACCGAAAUAACCGUAAGUGUUGUCCAAUAUUUACUAAGCGGUGGAAAAUUUUUCGGAGGAAUUUUGUCAUGGGGUGGUAACGCACCGUUUUUCAAAAAAUUCUUCGAUGUCUACGGCCCUGUUGUCAGAUUACACGGUGCUUUUGGCAGCGAUGUUGUACUUUUGUCUAGACCUGAACACGCAAGCGCUAUUUUCCAAAAUGAAGGGCCGCAUCCAAUCAGAUCUUGCCUGGAAUCUUUAGAAAAAUACCGAUUACAAUGCAGGAAGUACCGACAAGCCGGACCGUUUCUCACCUACGGCACUGAAUGGGAAAAACUUAGAAAAUCGAUAGAGCAACCUCUGCAGUUAUGUGUCGAAGAACAGUUUACGCAAAUUGAGAAAAUAAACCAAGCUUUCAUCGAGAGAAUAUUAGUGAUACGUAAUAAACAAGAAGAAAUGCCGAACAAUUUUAGAAUGGAAAUAAAUAAAUGGGUUUUGGAAUGUCUUUGUUCAGUUACUUUAAAUCGAUCAAUAGGUUUCUUAGAACCGUCUGGUUUGAUUCCCUCAUCAGAUCCUGGACGACUUUUGGAUGGGUUAUUUGGGGCGACAAACGCAAUCAGAAAACUAGAAUACGGUUUGCAUUUAUGGAAGUUUUUCGAAACGCCAGCUUGGAAAAGUUUAGUAAAAAAUUGCGAUAUGAUAGAAAGUGUUCUUCGAAAAUACCUUGAUAGAUCUAAAGAUCAAUUACAGGAAAAGAAAAUUAGAAACAUGUCAUUAGAUAAAGUAACCCUAAUGGAACAUCUUUUGCUAAAAGAGAACAUCAUAGAAGACGAUGUCAUGACUAUAAUGCUAGAUUUGUUCUUAAUUGGUGCAAAUGCAACGGCCCACUCUGUUGCUUUCUUCUUUUAUAACUUGGCAAGAAAUCCGCGUUGUCAAAUGAAACUUUUCGAAGAAAUCAAAAAUGAUGAGGGUACCACUACUCCAGCAGCAUUAAAGGAAUACAAGUACCUUCAAGCGUGUCUCAAAGAAACGUUAAGAUUAGAUCCUCCCAUCCCAAUUUUAAGCAGAGUUUUGAGCAAUGAUACCAUCAUCAAUCACUAUCGUAUUCCCAAAGGUACGCACGUUUUAUUUGCAGCACAUUUGAACAACAUGCGCGAAGAAUACUUUGAAGAUGCAGAAAAAUUUAAGCCGCAAAGGUGGUUGAGCAAUGACGCUGGGGGAUUUGGCAACGAGUUCCAGAAUUUUGCUUCCAUGCCGUUUGGUUACGGACCGAGGAGUUGCUUGGCCAAGGAAAUGGCCGAAACUGCGAUAACAUCGCUGAUUGUAAACGUUUGCAAGAAGUUUAGGAUCGAGUACAAUUAUGGGGAUAUCAAGAGUUCUAAUGAAUUAAUGGCGGCACCUACGAAGCCUUUGAAAUACAGGUUUAUUGAUAGAUAUUAAAUAGUUUUGUUUUGUUGUUAUUAAAGUUUGUAUAAUUUGUAAUUAUUGUAGUUGAUUGGAUUGGUUAAAUUGAUUAAUUUUUG